UCCUUUUGUCCGAUUUAAUGUAAAUACGAAAAUAUGUCUGAAUAGUUGGAUAAUAUGGGUAAUAAUGGCGGAGGCCUCUCCUUGGACGUCUGAAGUUCAAUGCAGAUAUUUUCUCCAUGGGUCUUGUACACAAGGAGAUAGAUGUAAAUUUGCUCAUGAUUUAAAUGCUACACCAUCAUUGGUAUGUAGAUAUUAUUUAAAAGGAAGCUGUGCUUAUGGAGAUCGAUGCAGAUAUGACCAUGUCCGACAGGAUAAAGAUAAAAAUAAGCCAAAUGACAAGAAAUUUUCAAAAUCUCCAGAAAGUUUUAUACAGAAACCUCACAUUAAAACAGAUUAUGAUACAAGGAAAAGUAAACUUGUGGCGUUAAAGAAAGGAGGGGAAGUCCAGCCAGAAAAAAAUAACACAUCACCUCAUGGUAAACCACCAGAAGAAUGGGUAAAAGCCAAAGAGUUUGUACCAGGUGAAAAAUAUGAAGGAUCUAUUCCAUCUUCCUAUGCCAAAGCCACAUUGUGUGGUCAAGAUCUUGAAGAAUCAGAAAACAACGAACUCAAUAGCCAUAAUGAACUAUGCCCAUAUGCUGCUGGUGGAGAGUGUUGGUAUGGUAACAACUGUACAUAUCUCCAUGGCAAUCAGUGUGAAUUAUGUGGUCUCAAUGUUUUACAUCCCACUGAUCCAGAGCUGCGAAAAAAACAUACUUCGGAAUGUACAGAACAACAUGAAAAAGAUAUGGAAUUAUCAUUUGCUGUAGCUAGAAGUAAAGAUAAAGUUUGUGGAAUAUGUAUGGAUAUAGUAUUAGAUAAACAACCAGUCAAUGAACGAAGGUUUGGUAUAUUACCAAAAUGCACUCAUAUUUUCUGUCUCAGUUGUAUACGUAAAUGGAGGUGUGCCAAACAGUUUGAAAACAAAAUAAUAAGAGCUUGUCCAGAAUGUAGAGUACAGUCAGAUUUUGUAGCACCUAGUCAAUAUUGGGUAGAAUGUGAAGAAGAUAAAGCCAAAUUAAUAGAAGGUUAUAAAAAUGCAUUAAGCUCCAAACCAUGUCGCUAUUUUGAUUUAGGAAAAGGAGAAUGUCCUUUCAAUGAAAAGUGCUUCUAUCUCCACGCUUAUCCAGACGGAACUAAGGCUGAACCCCGUCCUCGACCAAUUCGGCGCCGGGAAAAUGCGAAUGGAGAAACUGAUAUCAUUAACCAUAGCAAUUUAUGGGAUUUCUUACAAGUACGAGAUGAACUCGACCAUUUAGGAGUGUUAGAUGAAGAGCUAUCUUUAUUGUUAUUAAGUUUAAUGUUAGAUUCUUCCUCUGAAAGUGAUGAUGAUUCACUGUGAUUUAUUUCUGGUUUUAUUUUCAACUAUUAUCGUGAUAUAGAUCUCUGUGAAUCACCCAGCCACUCCGUUAAAAAACAUAGUACAAGUAGUAGUACAACACACAGCUUUAUUUGUUGAUUCCCAAAAUCAAAAAACACAGUAAUACAGAGAGGAAGAGUUUAAGAAAUGGAUGGAUAAAAACACAUGUAUUUUAAAAUAAACUGGACAUUGUUAAUAAAAUCUUUUUCUGAUCUCCUCUUUUUGUCUUUACCAAUUUUUGUGAUAAAUGUGUAGUUAAAUAAGAUGCUUUAUAAUAUGAAUAUUUGUCAGUACUGGUCACUUUUUCUUAAAGAUGUUAUUCACUCUGUGUUUAUGGGCAGAUAUUUAUCAGAGGAAUUCAAUUUUAAUACUUUUUAGUGUUACAUUCAACGUCAGUAUUGUGUUUUUUAAAAAUAUUUUACGUGUAAAUUAUGACUGUCUGCCCUUGAAAUAUGGCAUUUAUUAAUCAUGGUAUUCAGUUGUAUUAUUAUGAUUCAGAAACUGGAUAACAAACAUAGUUUUAAUACAGAGGUUCAUAAUUAUGGCUCAUGUGUUAGGCUGCUUAAUAAAUAUUGUUGAGAUUUGUUUUUAAGAUGAUUAUAUGCCCCUAGAUGAAAUGUUUUAUCUAAAAAUACAUUUUAUUUAUUUAGCUAUAAAAUCACCAUUAUUUAGUGAUAAAUAUCAUAUAAAUCUCUUUAACUCAAAAUAAAUUAGAUUUCAUGGUUUAAGAGGUUUUGAAGCAGCAUGAAACUGCCUUAAAUUGAGCUAGUGCGAAUAUCUUAUGUAUGUUAGUUUACUUUCGUAUAAAAAAUGUUAGAGGAAAUAAAACUUCAAGAUCUGUGGUCAUUGUCUGUAAAAUAGUCUUCCUGUGUUAUGUUUCAAUUGUCCUCUAUCAAAACUCACUUAAUUGUUAGUAAAAUGUGACAGCAGAAUCACUUGAUGUUAAUUACGUACUACUUUGAUAUUGUACAAUAAUUAUUAUAUAUUUAGUAUUGAAUGUUAGUAACAGAUAUUACAAUAAUGCUCAAUUUAAAUCAGUUAUAUUUUGCAACUUUUCAUUUUUUGCCAUACAUUUUGAUAGGAUUUAACAUAUUUUAUUACAAGCUGCCUUAAAUUAAAUUACAUAUUUAUUUUUAUAUCAUAAUUCCUAUGUUAUUAUAAGUUUAAAAAAAAGAAACUGUUGAACAGCUUUGUUUUAAAGAAAAUCUACUUUUCAGUUGUUUGUGUAUUAUUUAUUAUGUCUUCCUUUUAGUACUUCUACCAAGUGCUUCAGAUUGUUUUCUUGGUUAUGGAUAAAUUUCCACUCUAGGAAACAAGAACCAAUUGCUGGUACACAUGUUCCAAUUUUAUUUCUCAAUAUUAAUGACAAAACGAUGUAUUAUAUUGCUCUCAGCUUUUGUAGUACAUGUAGUACAUGUACUUUGCGGAAUUAUGUCAUUGCAUUACUGAAGAUAGUGAAUUCAAGAAUAUAAUAAUAGAGCAUGCUGCUAUUAUAUUGUGUGUUGUCAAACAGUGUAGUCCCCAUACCAAACAUAUCAAUACUAUAGUUAUAAUGCCACAUACUUGUAGGUUGCUAUAUAAGUAAUUUGUCUUAUAUUAAUAAAGCAUUUUUGGGAAGUCACAAUUAAACACUUUUCCUGUCCAUGUAAUUAGAUUCAUAUAAUUUAUCUUUAAUGUCUUUAUGAAGAAUAUGACUUAUUGUUAGUAUUAUAUAUUUGAUAAAUAUAUCUUUAUCUUAAAAAUAUAAUCUUGCGACCUUAGAUGUGGAAAAUGGAUAAUUCCUGAGGUGUUGAAAAAUGGAUUUUUUCUGGAAUCACAGGCAAUAUGUUCGGAAAGGGUAGUAAGUGGUCUAUUAUUAUUGAGUAGAUUUUUAAAUUGUUAAUCGGUGUGUUAUAUACAUAGAUAAUUAUAAACUUCUCUAUUGUAUGUUCUAUAAGAUUUUUAUCAUAUUUGUACAGUAAUACAUGUUAAAUAAUUGUUAAGUUUAAUCUUUUGAAACAAGGUUGUAUCAGUUAGAUAAUUAGAAACAUCUAUAUUUUUCCCCUGUAAUGUACCGAAUAGUUGCUUUGUAAUUUUAGACAUGGAGAAGACAAAUGUUGUUAAAAUCCAAUAAUCAAACACAAUAGCACAACAGUUUAAAUAGUUUUUUUGGAACAAAUAUUAAAACUUCAUGUAUGCUCUCCACAGAUGACUAAAUAACUGAAACAUAUUUUAACGACCCAUGUAUUCUAUGAAAAUAGUUAAUUGUGCCAGGCGAAACCAUACUUUUUUUCUUGUUUUUAAUGAAUGAAUAUAAAACCAUAUUUUAGUUUGUCUGAAGUGGGGUGUGGAAUAUCUCCAAUGCAUUGUUCAGUAGGGCAUUUGUUACUUAAUUUAAUGGUGCUUGUAUAUAAUGCUUUCAACACGAAAGCAUUGAUGACAUAUGUUAUAAAAUAACCAACUUGCCUGGACACAACUUGCAACGGUUGUGGUCUUUUUUAAAAAAUUUGAAAAAUAGGGUGUGGGUUAUAUAUGAAUGGUCAAUCCUUGGCCCAAAAACGGUAUUAGUUGUACUUAAUAUAUAUGUUAUUCCACAUGUAUUCCUCUAUUAACUCUGUGAUGUUAAACAAUUAGUACCUCUCUUUAUUACAUGUACAUGUUUGUUAUAUUAAAUUAGGUCAAUCAUUAUAUAAAUUUAAUACAACACUGAAGAAGAGGCGCAAAGUGCCCAUAUUGAUGCAUUUCAUUUUUAGCGUGUUAAACUCCUUUAUUACCCAAACUGAAACUCCCUUUUUGCAACAUUUGUCACUUUCCUGUGAUUGAUAAAUAAUUUUCAACAAUUUUAUUAUAAUUUUACAAUUAAUGGGCAUAUCUCUUUAAUUUAUGUAUAACCAAAAUGUUCAUAUAGUUAAAUGUGAUGUGGACUAUUUACCACUUUAGUUUCUUUCUUUUUUCUCUGCUUAAAACAACUGAAUUAUAUCAGUAUUGGACACAGAUUUUUGAAAGCACAAUGAUAAUAGGUGUAAAUUUGUCACUUACUCUUCAUGUUGUUGUAACUAUGUAUCAUCAUAUGAAACCAACUUUAUUUUAUUUGAUAUCUCAACUUCGGCAUUUAAAAUCAAAAUUAAAGAAUUGCAGGUCCCAAGAUUUCUUAAUUUGCCAUGUACAGAUGUAUAAGCUACCAUGAUCUCUAUGAUGUCGCUAUUCUGAUUUAAAAAAAAAUGGUAGAUGAAUUUGUCACCAUCAUUAAUAAAGGAAACAAUUAUUUAUCCAACUUUUGUAUUAUUCCAGUCAAAUACAAUCAUGAAAUCCAA